AUGACUGGGGACGACGCAUUAUCCCAGGCUAUGUUAAGGAUUUUGGAGAUGGUUGCAAGGCCCAAUGCUAGAUCUGGGGGCCGAGGGUCGGUUAUGGAACAACUCCGGUCCAAUAGGGCUGAGCUAUUCAGGGGUGUUACUGGAGUUACCCCUAACGUGGCCGAGUACUGGAUGGAGGCCACGAAAAGAAUCAUAGAUGAUCUGGACUUUACCCCUGAACAGAAAUUGAAAGGGGUUGUUUCCCUACUUCGCAAUGAAGCAUGCCAAUGGUGGCUGACCGUUAAAGAGGGCGCUCAGCCCAAACGACUGACAUGGGAUUUCUAUAAAGCUGCUUUCCAAGAUCGUUCAAUGGCUAAGUAUGAGGCUGAAUUUCUAAGAUUGAGCCGCUACGCCCGAGGCAUGGUGGCGACUGAAUAUGAACAUUGUACCCGCUUCGAGGAUGGACUCAGGGAAAAUUUGAGAGUUCUGAUAACUCUGCAAAAGGAGCAUGAUUUUUUUGCACUGGCAGAGAAGGCAAAGAUAGCAGAAGAGGUAAAACGCACUGAGCGCCAAAAUAGAGAUAGUGAGAGGGGUAAGAACAAGAGGGAUUCUGAGGCCUCAGAUUCUGUGAUGAGGCCUAAGAAAAAUACUAGAUUGGAUAGGCCAGUUAGAGUUGGGGCCCCUGCUACACUUAUUAGGAUCUUGCCUUGUGGGCAUUAUGGUAGACGCCAUCCGGGCGAAUGUUGGAGGACGAUUAGGGCAUGUUUGAAAUGUAGGUCUAUUGAGCACCACAUCCGAGAGUGUCCGUUGAGGGCCAAUCAGAUGCAAGCUCCGAGUUCAGUCUUCUGCAUGUACCGAGGUAGUUCAAAGACCACUUAA